AUGGAGAGUCCACUGAAUUUCGAAGUAGAUUCUUAUGAUAGAUUAACCUCCAAUCAUAUAUCUCAGCUCCUGUCUGGAAAAGACUUAAAUCUUGAUGACUCUGAAAUGCAUUAUUUAAGUAGCAUUAUUGAUUUUAGUUGGCAUAAUAUGGCGCCGAAUCUAAAGCAAAUCAUUUUAUCUUCUGAAAUGAAUUUUCAAGGCGAAAUUAUUAAAAUUCGUUAUUUAGAUGAAAGAAUUCCAAAAGCUUUUGAAUCAAUUUCUACCCAACAGAUCAUACAAAUUUUAAGUUCUGAAAUGUUAGUAGUUGGAAAGAAGCUAGAAAGUAGCGUUAAUUUCUAUAUUGAUCGUAAAUUCAUCCCCGAGGAUGCAAAAUUGAUUGAUUUUGAUUAUAAAUUUGGAUAUGAUUAUAUACACAAUUAUUUGACAAUUGAUGAACUUACUUUGAAUAGAACUAUGAACUUAACUUUGGAAGAAUUUACAAAUAAAUUCCUUAAUCAAAGUUUUGAAGCUCAGUGCAUGAUUUUUGAUCAAGUCUUGUCAAAUAUUUAUUUUAAAUCAAUUAUUAUUGAUCCUAUUAAAGAUGAAUAUAAAUUUUUACAUAAAACUUCGGAUGAGUUGAUUGAAAAAUCCGAAAAAGACAAGAUUGUUAUUUUGUCAUCGGAAGCAGGUGCUGGUAAAACUGUCACAUUUCAACAACUUGCAAUUAAGAUUAAAGAAAUGUUUCCAACUCGAUGGGUUUCAUUUAUUGAUUUAAAAGAUUAUAUUAAAUUUUAUAUGAGAAAUGAAAUUGUUGAGAAUGUUGAAAGUUUAUUAGAAAAUAUCUUUAAUUUAAAUUUUGAUAAAAAUGAAUUUGAAUGGCAAGUUUUUGUAGAAUCUUUUAGAAUUGGAAAUGUAAUUUUGCUAUGGAAUGGAUUCGAUGAAAUCUCACCAGCAUAUAAUAAUUUUAUUAUAAAUGUAAUUGAAAGGAUUUAUAAAAAUACUAAAAAUAUUCAAUUUGUCUGCACUCGGCCACUUUAUAGUAAACAAUUGAGAGAUACUUUAAAAUUGAUUGUAAGUUCUGGAUUUUCAGUCAGUAAUGAACAGAUGAGUAAUGAGCAUUCAAGCUCAGAAGGCAUGUCAGUUGUGACAACAACUCAAUCACCAGUCGGAAAAGCAUUGAAUUUUAUUAAUUCUGCAAAUUUCUCAGUAAAAACUUCAAUGACUGAAAUGUGUCAACUUAUGCAUGAAUAUGUAGGAAGGAAAAAGAUGGAAAAAUUCUCUGAAAAAUCUGAAUGUAUGAGACAGAAAUUGAGAAUUGAAGAAUCAGAAAAUCGAGUAGAAUGCAAUGAAAAUCCAAAGCCUGAAAAUUCAAUGAUGAUGCCUGAAAAUAAACCAAAAGUUCUUGCAUUUGGAUUUGCUGACAUUCUGUGUGACAUGCCAUUGUUUAAUAAAACUAUUGAUGCUCAAUUUGAUCGAACCUUGAACCUCUUUAAGCGUAUUUUUAAGCCUGAACAAGUUCCAUGCAUGAAAUACAAGCUUAAUGGACUAAAAUCUGAUUCUCCUUUAGUCAGAGACUUGGAAUCAUCUGAGGAAUUAUCAGUAAUCCUCCUUUGUCAAGCUUUCUUCGACACAUUCCAAUUUAGAGUCAUUGACACGUUAGUCAAGCAAGAUACAGCAAUAUUUGAUAAAUUAGGCAUUUCUAUGUGCAUGAAGAUGAACAUGAAGAUGAAUAUGAAGGAACAUGAGACAAAACGAGCUUAUGAGCUUGGAAUUAUGGCAUGGGAAAUGCAAGAAGAUGCAGUUAUGGACCAGAUGAGAGCUGCAAAUUUUGAUUUCAAGCGUACGUUUAUUUCAGGCAUGCUUGAGUGCUAUUUGAACAAUAUGUAUGGAAUGUAG